CAUCGCCGCAUCGGGUCCGUGUGACCGAAAAUUGGACGCCCCACAAAAGAAUGCCGACGCGUGGGCACACAACACACCAAAGGAGCUGCCUUUCCUCUCUCCUGGGCAUUCUGUGUUGAUUGUUGCGAGCCGUAACUAGGGCCGGUCGGUAGGUGCCCCAAGGAUAAGCCGCAACAAACACCAAUGGCGCCGCCGCCGAUCCUGCUUUCGCUGCUGCUGCCGCUCCUCGUCGUGGCCGCCGAUGCCGUCACUCCGACGCUGAAGCCGCCGUCUAUCCUCGUGGCGGCUGGGGAUGACGACGCUGCCCCAGUCCCGACGCCGUGGCCGGAGCAGUUCCACGCGGUGAUGUUCACCAACCUGACCGAGAGCGGCGGCCAGCUGCAGGUCAUCGACCUCUACUACGACUGGCCCCGCGGCCGCAACCUCAACCUCAUCCGCAACCAGCUCUCCGGCGACCCCAAGUACGACGUCGAGUGGACCAACGGCACCUCCUAUAUCUUCGACUCCGCCUCCUGCCGCACCAUACGGUUCCCCGUCGGCAUCCUGCCCCCGAACUGGCUCCACGGCGCCGUCUACCUCGGCCGCGAGAGCACGGACGGCUUCGACUGCCAUGUCUGGACCAAGGUCGACUUCAUCUGGUACUACGAGGACGUCGUCACCCACCGACCCGUCCGCUGGAACUUCUUCACUGGGAUGCAGCAGCAUGUGAUGAGCUUCGAGGUGGGCGGAGUCCUAGAGGACUCCCACUGGCAGGCACCUGCGCACUGUUUCGCUGACGGCGCCGCCACCGCCGCAAGAACUGAUGACGAGGCCAAUGUGAUGAGCAGCCUCCUCAGGUUCGCGGGGAUGCCGGCAUCAGCAGCGGCGGUGUGAUUAAACUUGUAAGCCAUAUGUCUUGGAUCCUACUGUAAUAUGUGUCGUGUGAGCUUCUGUAAUAAGACCUUAGCAACUUCUCACAGCCUCGUGAUGACGCCUUGUUGGUUGAAAAUGUUUAUAAAGAAUAUUCACAUCUGAAGAAACAAAUGGUGUUGCUCCGACCGUGAAUGCU